AUGCAACUUAAGGCUGUUGCUAGGGAGACAACACUUCUCUCUUAUUCAUUCCUCCCGGAGAAGGAGAAAUUCGAGAAAGUAAAGGAUUCAUUGCCUAGGUUGCUGAAUAAAGUAAAGAUAAUCAAGGCUAAGCUCCGGAACAUAAGUGAGGAAUUUUCUCAAUCUAUCUUCCCCAAGACCUCAGUACUGCAGUUCUUUGAUUUUCUAGUCAGAAACAUUAAGGAUGUUGUGAAACACGAUCCUGAGUCAAUCACACAAGUCAAGCAUCAUUUCGAGGAAGUCCUGCUGUAUCUGGAGUCUUUGAAAUCUUUCCUUGUGACGAAACUAAAGGAUCCGGUUGGAGCAUUCGAUGAUCUUAGAAAUCACAUUGUAGAUUUGGCAUAUAAACUGGAAUAUGUUGUUGAGACAAUUGAGAUUGAUGGCCAUUUCCAGCAAUCAAUAUGGUUAUAUGAUCUGCUGGAGAAUAUAAGAAAUGUUGAUCAACUAGUCCAAGAAAUCCACAAAAUGUCCUCUCCUGUCAAAGUAGAAAAUCUCCCAAGGAUUUCAUCCCGGGUGUUAUCAAGAAAUACCACAAUAGAAACCUCAGAAAUGCUUGUUGAUCUUGUUGACCAAGAAAACUUAUAG